UCAGUCUGACAAGAACAAUAGGCAGCGAGGACGCGGCUGGCCUUGGUCGACAUCAAAUCUGCGGUUGAACCGUAAACACAAAGAACCUCACCCUGGGUCCGCUCCAAGAGGAGAGAGAUCCGCAGGUUGCCUGACUCUUCGAGAUGCAGGAAGGCCAGGACGGUAUGACAAGAUCAUUAACUCUACGCGCCUUUGUGCUCUUGACGAUAUCAUUGACAAGGUAUUCUCAUGUUGCAGGUGACGAAAUUGAGAUUCUUGGCUACGGUGUAAGACCCAUAAGGAAUUUUAGGAAUGGACCACCCAACGGCGUUAUGGAUGAACCCCCAGGAAAUAUGGAAUUCACCGGAGGAGGUGGUGGAAGUUCAUCCGAGAACUCCGAAUUUGGAAUGCGCAAUGGUCCAGGUGGUGGCCCCGGAAUGAAUGGUCCGCCAAAUAUGGGCGCUCCCAUGGGCCCCGGUGCUCCCCCAGGAAGACCAUGGAGUGGCGGCAUGGGAGGUGGCAGUGGUGAAGCUGGCCUACCUGAAUUUACCGGAGGCUCGAGUGGCUCCGAAUCGGGCCGAAGUGGUGGUGGUAUGGAAGGUGAAGGCGCUGGAGGUUUUCCCGGUGAAGGCUCGGAUGGCGCAUAUGGGUCAGGUGGUGGUGGUUUCGGAGGACCUGGAGGAUCACCAGGCCCAGAAGAUGGUUCACGGGGUGGCAUCAGCGGAAGAGCUGGGCAGCCUUCGGAAACAAUGUUUCGGGGUUUGAGUGGCAUGGGCAGCGACUUCGGCAGUGGUCGGUUUCGGUGGAGCUGGUAUGAGCGGUGGUCGUUUUGGCAGUGCCGGUUUCGGUGGACGCGGAGGCGAAGGAAAUUCAGCAGAGGAAGGAACUGGCGGAUCACCAACAGGUCCACGAGUUGGUUCAGGGGUUGGCGUCGGCGGAGAGGGUGGCUUCAGCGGAGAAGCUGGGCUUCCUUCAAGAACAAAUUUUCGUGGACUUGGUGGCAGCGGCUUUGGUGCCGGUGGUAACGGUGGAGGUGGUUUCAGUGAAGGUCGUCUCGGCAGUGGUGAAUAUGGCGGUGGCUUCAGCAGAACCACUUCAAAUGGUGGUUAUGGGGGGGCCAGUACACCUUCGCGGGCAUCCCCAUCGCCAGGGAUACCAGAACGACCAUCAGGAAGAGUCAGCAGCAGAGAAAGUACAGAAGAGGAAGGCGAAGGCGGAGCAGGCGGAGGAGCCGGAGGAGGAGCCUUGUCUUCAAGGAGGAGAACGUUUGAGAGCUUGUUGAACCUCAGCCCCUUGCGCAAUAUAGUUGGGGGCACCCUUGGCAGUGUCUCCGGUGGUGUCGCUGGAUCCGGACUGUCAUUGUUGGGAGGAACCCGGGCGGGCAGGAGAUUGCAAAGACGCGGCAG